ACAAAACCCAUUAAAAAUAAAAGAGAAAAAGGAAGUUGCUUUGCACUUAACCCAGCACCACAACUUAGUGCAGAAGUCAUUUCACACACUUACUCCCUGCACAAAUCUGCUUCCAUCUUCAUCACUGCUGUCUUAACACACCUCCAAAAAAGCAAUAUUGCUUUUAUUUUUUUAUUUUUUUUUUCUCUCACAGCAACAACACCAACACCAACAACAACAUGAUGUGUCCUUCUUUUCUGCUUCUUUGUCCUUCUCUGACUUCUCCUCUCUGUUUGAUAUCAGAUAUACAACACCACCAAACCCAGAACCUUCCUCUCUCUAUCUCUCUUCUCAUUCCUUCUUUCAAGGGCUUAUCCUCCUUCAUCUCUUUCCUUCUUUGAUUCUGCAACUACACAUCUUGUGUUCACCUGAUGAAUCGAACUCCUCCCAACCCUAAUCCUUUUGAGGAUCCGAAAGUCAGACUUAGGCAUCACAGCCUUAUGCAAGAUUAUCAAGAACUGCAUAUGGAUACUGAAGCAAUGCGAAAGAAGAUACAGACUAUGCGAGCGAGAAAGGCAACACUAAUAGCCGAAGUCCGAUUUCUUCGGCGGAGAUACAGACAUUUGAGACAAGACCAGCCUGUUAUGCAUCCACCAGAUGUUAAAAAGGGUAGAGGAAGAUCGAAGAGUAAAACGCAAGUGUCGUCUCCUAAUAAGAGAAGUGAAGCAGAAACCAAACAUGUUACACUUCCCGACUUAAACCACUCGGUAAACGAAACCAAAACCAGUCUUGAGAAGAGAGUUCCGUUGUUUGAUCUAAACCAGAUAUCUGGAGAAGAAGAGGAAGAAAGAGAGGCAAUGAACAAUGAGAGAACGAGAGUGCAAGAAAGUAGUUCAUGUACGAGAAAGAGCAGCACCGAGAUGCCGCAGCAGCAGAAAGAGAUGAAGCUAUCGUCUUGCAGGAACGGAGGAAACGGAUCAAAUAAGAGGAAAGUUUCGUGGCAAGAUCCUGUUGCCGCAGCAGCUCUCAGAGUCUAAUACCCUCAAAAGUCAACGAUCUUGUAACAUAGUUCCACGUCAAUGUAGCUGCUUUUAUUUGCUUUUGAAAACAUAUAUCCAAAUGUGGCUUGAAAUUUAAAAACCUUAUCCCCUUCUCUA